ACGAAUCCGCGUGCUCAGACGUUUCGCUCGAAGGUGGCAAUCGUUAUCAAGAUACACACAUCGAACGAAUGCAUCACUGACUGUCCAGACCCAGCGUAAACUUUGUCCGACAUUUAGAACAGGUAAUUUCAGGUUCCCUCCGUGCUUCCCAGUCACGCUAUCGCGCGUGGGGCCAUGUGUUUGUGCAAGUUCCAGUCCACGACUCGCGUCGCGUCAUUCGACAUAGCAGAGAACGCGCUUCAGUAUAAUUAUCAUCAGCUGUUCGGCCAGUUGGCUGCCCGUCUCGCCUGUAAUAACUAAAUUUACGAUUUUCUUUGUUUCUCUCGUCCCCCCGACUCGGUCGAUGUGCGCCGUAGGAAAUCGCUACUGAAAAUGUCCGCCGAUUCCCAGCGACGAGCAGCGCCCGGCAGCAGUGGAUCCGCGACUGCUGCCCGCUGUAUGCCGGCGAUCGUACCCCCGCAGGCCGUUAGUGAUCGGUCGAUCAUCGACAGUGUGGCCGGAUUCAUCAACGAUGUAGCGCUGCAGACCCAGGCGCCGCAAGGCGACGGCAAGGAUCACAUCCUGUGGGCCCGAUUCGAGAGCACCGCCGACAUCAGCGAUCCCUGCCUCGGGGACGACUGGGAGCUGGAAGGGGGCAUCGCCCCACCGCUCCUGCUGAUACUGGGCUACGUCAACGGGAUUCAGGUAUGGAUCAUCCCAGCGAAUGGGGAAGCGAUCGAGGUGCUCUCGUGGCGUCAUGGCAGCGUCAAGUGCUUGCGCGUGCUGCCGACACCGACCGUCGGCGACGGAGAAUCGGCCACCGAGCCCAACGACCAGUUCAUCCAUAAGCGACCGCUUAUUGCUCUGUGUGACUCAGCCUCAAGUGGGUUCGUUGGUAGCGGUGGGGGUGGUGGCGGCAUGUCGAGCGGGAACCAGUCGCAGUUCUGCUCGAUCAACUUCAUAUCACUGAAGGACGGCGAGAACGUGAAGAGCAUCAAGUUCAAGAACCCGAUAGUGGACGUUCUCGCGAAUCGAUCAUCGGUGGUGGUGAGCUUUGCGGAGCGUAUCGCUGUCUUCGAUGCUCGCACGCUUGAAGACCGGCUGACGGUUACGACGUGCCAUCCAAGUCCUGGAUUGAAUCCCAAUCCGAUUGCACUCGGUCCACGCUGGAUUGCGUAUGCCGAAAAGAAGCUGGUGCCGUCUAAACGGUCCAGCGGCGGCUGUGAUGGAGAUGGGGUCACUAGUUAUACGGCUACGGUGUUGAAUGCGGCAAAAAGCUUAGGAAAGGGUUUACGAGAGCUUGGCGAACAGAUGGCCGCUGGAUUGACUGGGGGUAGUCAUUCGGGACCUAGUUCCUUUAGCGGUAGUACUGGUGGAUCAGUGGGAAACGUAGCAAGCGAAGGCAAUCAGCCAGGAAUUGUUACGAUACUUGAUAUCAAGUAUCCGAUCAAGGACGUUAGUCCCACCACGGGAACUCCGAUUACCAGCACCGGGAAUGAUCCAAUGGUUGCACAUUUCGUGGCUCAUUCCGAAGCCAUUGUAGCGUUACAAUUCGAUGCUUCCGGAAUGAUACUGAUAACGGCGGAUAAGCGUGGACAUGAUUUCCAUGUCUUCCGAAUCCAUCCGCAUCCCAGCGGUCCCUCGCUGGCAGCGGUUCACCAUCUGUACAUUUUGCAUCGCGGAGACACGACAGCCAAAGUGCAGGACAUAGCAUUCUCGUUAGACUCUCGAUGGGUAGCGAUCUCAACCUUGCGAGGAACGACGCACGUGUUUCCGGUGACUCCCUACGGGGGCCCAGCCGGAGUUCGAACGCACGGGUCGCCUCACGUUGUAAAUAGAUUAUCUAGAUUUCAUCGGUCCGCCGGGCUGUCCAUUGACGGCCGGUCCAGCAGUCCCGUUUCGAACUUGGAACACCCCUUGUCUCAGACGCCGACAUCCGCUUACGCCAAUCCACGGAUUCCACCGUUUCCGCAUCCCACAAUAGUGCAACCGCUGGCGCAGCUGAGACAACCGAGCACCCUGGGUUCGCAGUCGACCACCGGCACGAGCGUCAAGAGCGCUGGCAGUAAUGGGCGGCAGCGUCACUCAUCUUCCUCGUCGGAUGACCUGCUGAAGCCUCUUCGCGUUUGUGCCACGUUCGCGAAGGCACGUUCCUGGCUAUUGGAUCCACCGGGAUCGGCUAGGGACACACCGGCCCAUCGCAUCCAGCGGAAACCGGUCGACUCGCUGUUCAUCGUUGCUGCCCACGGGGCUUUGAUUCAGUACGAUUUGGACCCGAAACAUGUAGCCAACAUCCCCAAAGAGAAGGUCUGCGACGACACACCGAUCGAGCUGGAAGUGGAAGCCAAGGCACAGUGGACCCUUCAGCGCCAGGAAAGUGCCACCGCAAGUGACAUACAGCCACCGCUUCCGUUGGACAACUGGCUGGUGAAGGACCGCUUCCUGGAGGAUACCGUUGCGGAUGUAGUCAGCGAUUACGGAAGCUUCGACUAUCAUCAUCGGGGAACCGUUGGUGGUGGGGGUAGUGACCAUCGAGGCAGUACCAGUAGCAUCGAUCAUGAUGACCGUUGGCUGUCGCAGGUGGAAAUAAUCACACAUGCCGGGCCGCAUCGGCGCCUCUGGAUGGGACCGCAGUUUAUGUUCAAAACAUAUAAUACACCUAGCGGAUCCCCGUUGACGUCGAUUGACACCGAAUCGGUGGAGAUCGGUCCCGGAACCAUGGUGAACCGCCCGGCUCGCUCCAACCCGAUGAAUAUGCCCAUCUCUGGAGGUAUGAGGCCAUUGGUACCCAUACUCAUUGAAUCUGGAUCAUGUAGUAGCUACGAACAAAGUCCCCGAAUGAUGAACAUGAACGAAUUCCGGCAUCACGAAAAUCUGGACACGGAAUUCUCUUCGCUGGGACCGGUCGAGUCCCAGCUGAGGGAAGAUCUGGCCGAUGCCAUGCGGGAAUCACCGCUGAUUUCCGGACGAGACACCACAGGCUACACGAGCGCCACACCCAUACCGGCCGGGUUAUCUUCGGUGUCCUCUUGCUCCUCCACCUCGAUCUACUCGUCAACGCACUCGUUGAACUCGAUCUGCGACCAAAAGCUGUCCCUCCCAACGGUGCCACCAUCCGGGGCGCCAUCCCACGGACAGCUGCUGAAACACCACGUAACGCACCUGCAACAGCAGCACGAUCAGCAGCACUCGUCAUCACUGCCCACGAGCUGCUCGCGACCUGCCUCGGCGGCAAGCAGUCGAGCAUCUGGUUCGGUGACGAUAACCAAAGUGGUGAACCCAUUGGGAACGGUAACGACAGUGUGCAAUGUUGAGCCGGAAGGGCCGGAAUCGGGAACCGAUGCCCGUCGGGAUUGCGAGGUCUACAUGCAUGAGAACUGUGACGAAGCGUUGUUCAGACCAGUAGUCACGGUUCAUAGCAUACCUGGCGCAGAGCGCGAACGACGCGGGUCAUCCCUGGAUCGGCUGACUUCGCUGGUGGCCGGCGGAAUGGAACCUACUUCACUGAGUAACCGAGACCUAAUUGUACCGGUUAUCGAGGAGAAGAACAUGGUGCAUUUCAGCAAAUCGAAGAAAAAGGAAGAAGAGAGCCUGGUGGCAAAAUUUGAGGAACUCUCUUCCAUCAACAAGAGAAGUAAAAAGCAGGACGAACCGGAAAUGAUAGAAACUAUUCCAGAAGCAACGGAUCGAAAAAUGGCAGGUGAUUUCGUAGAUGUUGAGGUGGUGGAACGCAAAGCACCGGAGGCACCGAAAAACGUUGGUGGGCGAAAGAAGGAAAAGUCGCCACCGAUUACGGCUCGGAGCGAGAAGAAAAAGAAGGAGCCAGAACCACUCGAAGUGAUCGAAAUAGUGGAUCCUGUUGGCGAAGAGCUGGAAUUACCACCUGCGGUGGAAAAGGCUCCCCGUAACAGGAAGAAAGAUAACGGCAAGAAGAAGGAUGAACCCAAGCAGCAACCGAAGGUGGAGACAAAACAGUCGAAGAACGCGGAUGGCAAUGGAGGACAAGUGACGGGCGGAAGCAAUAGGAAAGAAUCCAAGCAAGACAAUCGAAAGCGUAAAGAAAAGCAACAGCAAGCGCCGGUGAUUCUUCCGGAGACGGAACAAGAACCGGAACGCGAAGCAGAACCGCCGCCGGUGAUGAUUCCGACGAUGGAAGACGACGAAAUGCUCAAAUCGAUCUGCGACGAGUUCCCACCACUGGAAGCGUUGAAAAUUGACGAUUUGGAAUUGUUUGGCGAGUUGAACGAACCGGGAAAUCUAAAAGUGACCAGAACGGAAAUUAGCGUUCAGGAAUCGAUGCUUGCUUCUAGUAUGGUCGGGAUGCGCGAAGAAAAACCGGUUGAAACGGGUGAUGCGGAAGCAUCAAGUAGUGUGAAUGUUGGUAAAGACGAGCAGAACAGUGUGGAAGAAGAGAAACAGUGUGUUGAGGUAGUGAUGGACGAGGAAAUGAAAGUUGUGGAAAAGGACGAGAUGAUUUUGUCGAGUUAUGAGUUCGAGUUUACGCAGCCGUUGCCUCCCUUGGAGCAAUUGGUGUGUAAGGAGUUGGAGGAUUUGGGUUGUAGCGAGAGUGCGAAAAAAGAGCAAAAGCUUUUGAAGCAGCCGAGCGAGGAGAAGACGUUGAUCAACUUUGAAAGUCCGCUUGAAGAGAAAGCUAACAGCAGAGGGAAGUCGGUAUUGGAGGACAGAAACAUUGUGAUCGCCAUGUGCUCCAGUUUGAAAGAGAUUGGGGAAACCAGUGGUUCUUUGAUCCUGGGAGGUAGUCGUAGCCUUUCAGCAUCGAUGAUGGAACCGACAACACUGAAGCAGCAACUCUCGGUGGAAGGGCAAGAUUCAGACUACAAAAGCCUGGAACUGGAGGUAGAUGACAGUGCAAUGUACAGCUCACAGCUUCCGGCGUCAUCGACAUCGGAUGAAGAUACUUCGAACUCCAAUUCGAACGAUGAUCCGGAAGAAGAAGAAAUCAAAGAAAACGGUAAGCUUCCGCAAGGCGAAGAUGAAGACGAGGAAUUACAGCCACUGAUCUCGAGCAACAAAACUUCGUCCUCGUCGCUGUCGACAACGGUUGUAAGCACCGUAGUCGGCAGUGGGCUAGGGGACAGUUUAAGCAGCUCCAUGACCGCUUCCGGCAUCGUGGCAGCAGCCGGAAGCCCUGCCAAGACAACAUCAUCAUCAACAACAACAAUAACAACAACAACGUCAGCACUGCCAACGACGGAAGCGAACCAAAGUGAGGAUAGCGGCAAGCAGAUUGCAACAACAGCAAAGCAAUCCAGCAAUGGUGGAAGUAACGGUAACGGCAAGAAGAAGUCCAAGAAGAAGCGCAAAUAAUUAGCAGCGCAUCAGCGGAUGAUGCUACUGGCGGUCACCAGGAAUGGGCUGCUACUGCUGCUGGCGCUGGUGACUGCGGCAUCAUUGCUGGUCCUGUUGUUGCUGUUGUCGUAUCUUGUUAUGCUGCAGCUUUGCUACAAGCUAGUGUUAUUUUUACUGUAUUAUUUCUAGAAGUUUUCCGCGCGUAUCUUUCCACCCUUUCCCUUGUUACCGGGGUGACCGCGAUGACGUCAGCUUUUGAUUAGGCUGUCGGUAGACGUGGCACAGAGCUCCAGCUUAGAUUUUUUUUAUGUUAGUGACUUUCACCACAAUUAACCCUUUCUUAUGUUUAAUUUCAUGUUAGUGAGGAGAACUAGUUAGCCAAAAUUCUGCUGGACAAAGUAUUUAUUAUGUUUAACAUCUCAAAAAACUUCUUGAAACUGCGACAAGCGAUCUAUCCAAUAAUUGUGAGGAAUUGUAAAAUUUUAACAAUUAAGUUGAGAUUUGUGUUUAUAUCCAACAUUCUAUAUCAUAAAAUCAAUUGGUUCUGAAUUGAAUUUCUAUCGAUAGUCCUCAAAAGUUACUCUAAUUCAGAACCUAAAAUCUUUGUUGUUAUUAAUGUUUUUUUGGCAGUCGCUUUGUUGCGCAAAACUUCAACAAUUCUGUUUGUUUUCAAAUCUCAACAGAAACAGCGCUUGUUGGAUCGAUCGCUUGCGCAGUCAAACACAGCCGCCCCCUCUCUUUUGUAUUGCAAACGUCAAACUGUUCAUACAUAAGUUAUUUAUUAGACAAAUCUUUAUUUUACAAACGAACUAAUUUUGUUAACAAGUUUUUAGUCAUGUUUUAAGUAUUUUAUUACGAUGAAAACCGUUCAAAACAAAACCACGUAGACGUUUUAAGGGCAUUGUUGAAGAAAAAAAAUAAGAAAGAAAUCUGUAUUAUCUGAACACAAAUAUAUAAGAUAAGAGACCUGCACACAUCCCUGUAAUAUCGUUAUUUUCCGGCAUGUUUUCUGUUCUUGCAAAUCCAGAAUCUUCAUUUUUUACGUUUUGGGCGAAACAUCCUUGAAAAUUGUCUCCGUUUUGUAGCUUAUCAUGGGCAAAUCUAAAGUUACAAUUAGCGACGAGUCGAAGAAGGAAACAUGUUUUAGACUAUAAGAGCUCAAAAAGGACUGAAAAAUAAGAAAAAAAAUAUGAGGAGUAAAUUAUGUGAAUACCGAGAUAAGGCAGACAUCUAGUGCUAUGUAUUUUAGAAAGUUUUCGGAAUUAAAUGAUCGAAACCUACAACUUCUGUUAUUUUUAUCGAAGAAACGAGUGAUCUUUAUUUUUUCAGUAACAGUAGUUUCAUCAAUCGUACGUAACACAAUAACACACUACCAUUGCGAAUCACACUCAUCUCACAGUCAGAAAAAAAAACACACACACACUCACAUACUUACAAAGAGUAUAGAGAAAAAGCGCGUUCAUCAUUGUUGUUGAUAUUUAAAUCUCGUAACGGAACUUGAUAGUCACUUAUAGGAAGAAAAGAAGAAGAAAAAAAAACAAAAUAAAUAUUUAUUAACUUAUUCUGUGAAACGCCGAAAACGCAUAUAGGAUCGGGAACUGGGAAAUGGGAACGAAGGGAACGAAGUGUGCGAGAUGGUUUCUACGCAGGUGGGCGUCGUUGUGCGGGCGUAAGUGAAAACGGUUGAACAACGGGAACGGGUUAUAGUACAUUACUGUCGAUUUUAGGCUUUGUCGAACGUCGAAAUUGAUGGUUUGUAAUCACCGCCGCUGAAAUAUCAUCAGAGUCAUCGCCAGCCUAUCAGAAAGUAUAGAUUCAACGUUUGUCAUGUAUGGUGGCUCCAGAGAGGAACACCCAGAUCCUGACAAUUAACAAUCAACCGAUGUAGGUAAAUAAACAGCAUUUCUGGGCCCACCUUGAUAAGUUCAGCUACGGUACCUUCCUUACCAGCUGCUUUGUUAUUUUUAAGCUGGCGAAUGACAUCAGUCCUGUUCAACGAUGUAGGCUGAACUUGCUCGAAGUUGCUGCAUCCUACUCUUACCCAUUUGUCAACAAACGGGAAAGAGCGAGAUGGAGCAAGUUCGAGCAAGUUCAACCUACGUCGUUGAACAGGACUAUCAUUAACUUCCCUCGACGUGGGAGUUGGAUCAUUUCCGUCCUCUGCAACACUGGUGCAUUCGUGUCUUCCAUUGUCUCGGUUUCUCGGUUUCUCUACGCACAGGCAACACACAUGGUAACAAAACAGUGACGGCAGCUUAUGUAAGGGUUGCAAAGAAGUCACUGUGACUUACUGCGCAACCCUUACAUACGCUGCCGUCACUGUUUUGUAACCAUGUGUGAUGCUUGGGUUGAUCAUCUGGCAGAACUUCCGUGCCCAGCAGUUCCAUUUUCUUCUGUUUGUAUCGUUUCACAUUCUGUCGGGUUCCUUGCUUCAGACCAAAAGCGCAGCGUUCUUCUCCUUCACUUUGAACUCCUCGAAUCAUUCAUUCCUUCGACUCCGUGUCACGUACCCGAUGGUGCUCCCAACUGCAUCGUUGAUGGCUGCUUUUACUGUACUCCUGUAGUCCUAUUGAGCUCUUCCUCGUCUGGUAGUGCUGCCUCGAGAUUCUGCGCGUAAACUGAGGCGAGACCCCGUUGCUUCAGUCGCUUUAGGUUAUACCGUUGCGAUUGCCAAUACCGGAACGAUUUAGUCGCAGUUUGGCCAUCACCGCGUAGUGGCCAAAGUCGACAUUAGCGCCACGAGAACUGCAGUCAAGCAAUCAGAAUGUAGUCGAUUUGCAGUUCCGUCUGCUGUGGAGAUGCGCCGAUAAGGGAGGCUGUGUCGACCAUGCUGAGUAUGACCUUGUUAACGGGCACGGCAAAUAAAUCUAUGAGUCGUAAGCCAUUUUCGUUCGUCAGCUGGGAAAUUAAGGUUGAAUUGAAGAAUCGGCCCUUGGUUCUCAACCUGCACAUUCUUUCGUCGAUCGGCCACCACGAGCUUCUGCAGAUCCCCCAUCACGAUAAAAGUUUUCCCCAGCUAGCGUGUGUUGAUGUGUUCCCAGCUCGGAUAGUUGGAACGAAUACCUCUAAACGUACUCACCAAGGAUUCUGUUCACCACCUCUUGCAGGGCUAUGAUGCCGAACCCGCGGUCCUUCAGUAGAUGCGGGUGCUCCCGAUGAAGUUGAGAGAUCGGAAGUUCCACGCACCGAGUUUCCAACCGCAAGUCUUGUUUAGUCGCUGUGGUCGUAACCGUUGGUCUCAGUUCCGUUUCAAUUUGUCUAUGGAUUCGCAAGGCUGAACACCAACCUUCUACUUUCCGGAGGACCACAGUGCACGGUUGAGUUUCGAGUCCUUCCCUGGUACUUGGACGUCGGUAUGCCACGUAUGGCAACAGACGCCAUUAUGAGCCGCUCAUCCAGGAGAAUAGACGCUCAAAAUUUCCACCGGGGUUGAUUACCUGAUCUACCCUAUAAGGUUGCUGAACAAAAGCUUGUGAUCUCAAUGGGAUCUUAAAUACGACACUUUGUCGCAAUCUACAGGUUUUGCUCUCUGGUGGCGAACCAAGCCUAUUCCAUCUGAGAAGCCUUUCCACGCAUUUUGUCCCGGAAGGUUCAACACAUUUAGCUGAUUGCUCUGGUGUUGAAGUCCGUGGAGUAUGGCGUUCGCCAAAGACUUGAUUCCUGUAUUUCAUCACAAUCUACUAGGACUCAGCUCCCGGCUGUGAAUUUAGUCUACCCAGAUCCCGGUCUGAUGAUCCUCGAAGGCUGUCAACACGCUUGUUUACCUAAGUACCUGAGGCUAGCACUUCAAGACCGUUGCGUGCCUUCUGACGGUGACGUCUCUCGUAGGUCCCGGAUCUGCAUGCCUCUCGCAGCAUUUGACUGACCCUCCGGUCGUCGAAUUACUACUUCUGUCCGAUUGCGCUUGUUCGAUUGAAGAUAGAUGCUACAUCAAAAGAUUUGCUCAUCGCAAGCCUUCACAGGGUCGACGUCGACACCUUCCAGCCUGAAGAAACUUCCGAGUAGUUCAUCCGUAGCGGACAAAGGGACAUGGACCAUACAGACUUGAAUGCUGUCUAGACUCUCUCAGCGCUCAACCUGAAAUACAAGGCGCUUGCAUCUCUCGUGGUCUUUUCGCUUCAAAGUUGCAGACAAAGUUGGUAGGGUCAAGGUAUACGACUGAAGCUAAGGUUUUUUUUGGCAUGGACCUAGCAGAUGGCCUAGCAUCAUUCGUGAUUGAACCACGUAUGGAAAAAGCAGGUUGUCUCGUAGAUCAGGAUGUUUUGAAACAGUCUGAUGGUGAAGUUGGCCGUAUCGGCACUCUUUGGCAAUAACAGAUCCACCUUGAAUACAGAGUACUGAUAGUCUACUUACCCAAGCGACAAUUUGAAGGUUUGGAGAGGAUUCCAGAACCACCAUAGAACCGAACUUGUGUGGCUUUGGUUUUAUGAUAGUUCUGCAAACCUCCCCGAGUCUAGUGGACUUGAAAAUGCUUAUUGGUGGCCACGUGAGUCCAAACAGUGAUCAGGUAGAUUGAGUGUUAUUGUGACCGAAUACUUCGAGGCUUGAUGAUCAAGUACACAGGCUUCCCAGGCUUAAUGGCACAAAUGUCCCAAAUGGAGGAUAACGUGCCUCUGGAGCCGGCCUUCUGAUACCUGAGGCUUAUAGCAAGGCCACUAGGUGGUAGGACCAAACAUCACUUCGAGAGUAUCUAGCUGAUUGAAUACAAAGACUAAGGUUUUCUCCAGGUCUGAAUGGCGAGUCGAUCACUACGACUGGGAUGAGUUCUUCGGAACUGAAGUACGACGUUGAGCAAGCUCAACGAGACCAGUAGACUGACCACAAGUUAGCAGGCAAUCGGGAUGGACAGGUUAAAUUCUACACGUCUUCAUGAUAACUGUUUACGCUUUGCGUAUUGUAGAGUUCUAUCUUAUUGGUAUUGGGCGAAGUCCCUCUAGUUUCCCGAAUGUUUUGGGGUUCCCAAGUCUUCUUCAACGGCUUGCAACCAGCGCUUGGGCGGACAUCCACGAAAUCCUGACCUCUUGCAGGAUCCUUGCUGAAUAUUGGGUUCACAAUUUUAUUCCGACAUUAGCGCUGCGAAGCCAGCCCACUGAAGUCUGCCGUAUCUUAUUUGUUUACAUCGUAUACUUCAUUGUACACUUGUUGUAACUUGUGAUUGAUAUGUCUUCGAAGGUUAAUUGGUUUUGGAGAGAAUUUCAGGACCACCAUAGAACCGAAAUGGUGUUGUUCUGGUCAUAAGGUAGUUCUGCACACCUCUUCAAAUCUACUGGACUUGAAAAUGCUACUUGGUGGUCACGUAACAUGAAGAAUAGCCUCUAAGCCUGGCAAUGGCUAGUCGACCACUAUGUCAGAGACGAGUUCUUCGGAUCAGAAGUAUGACGUUGGUCAAGCUCAACGAGACCAGUUCACUGGUCAGGAGUUAGCGGGCGUUCGGGAUGGACAGGGAAAUUCUACACAUCUUGAUGGUACUUUCCAACGCCCAGCGUAUAGUACAGCUUAAUCUUCGUUGGUCUUUGGCGAUGUUGCUCUAGUUUCCUGAACGUUGUGGGGUUCCCAGGCCUUCUUCAACGGCUUGCAAGCAGCGCUCGGGCGGCCAUCCUCGAAAUCCCGACCUCUACGUGGUUUCCUGCUGAAUAUUGUUUUCAAAACCUUUUCCGAAAUUUUUGCUACGUGACCAGCCCACUAAAGUCUACCGUUUCUUAUUUCCUUCAACCCCGUGAACGGAUCUUCCGUUUGGUGACGUUCCAACUAGCUUUGCACACAUAAGCCUAAUUUAGUUCGCCAGAGAACCAUGUUCUGACAUGAUUGAUUUCGAAUACUAGUGCUGUUGGCUUUUCGGCAAAUGUUCUCCAUAUCCUAGUUGUUCAAUCACUCCAGCACCGUCAAUGACACCGAUGUUGAUACAGACCACCGUCGCAAUCUGUGGACAUUGUGAGAUCAAAGACUACAAAAAUUCAAAUUGAGUUAUUAUGUUCUCGUCAAAUGGCACCCAACCGAGCAUGCCAAGCUUAUACAUUAUCUGCUUUAUAGUCUAGCUAAUCAAAACAAAAAGUUCAAAGUUAAACAAUUACUCGCAGAAAAACAGACGUUACGCUUGAGACCUUGUAAAAGCCGAUCGGCAAAGAACACUUUAUCAAGAAGAUUUGCAGAACUUUUAAUCGUCAAGAGACGCUGUUAGCAGCGUUUCCCACGGAUGAAGGUCGAACUAUCCGUGAUAGUGUGAGUGAAGCUUCGUAACACUCGAACCACUUCAUUCUUACAUGUUUAUACAGAGGUACGACCUUUGCUCAACGUUGCCAUCGGCAACGUAUGUCAUUUGUAAUAAAGAAGGACAGGGUUCCAAGUCUUCUCAGUAAAGGGUUCUUCGAGAUCAGUGAGGCGUCCAUAUGCAUGGGUUCAACUUUGAACAUCUGACGAAAGCCGAAAGGAAUUGUUCUCGAUUUCCACUUGCUCUAUCUGGAUGGUGGAUCGAUGGAUCAUCAGAAUGAGUUAAUCUUCUUUCAGGAUCUCGAAAAUGCGUUGAGUAACAUUUUUUGCGCUUACAUUUUCUUUGCUAACAUCCAAAAAGUACCACUUUUGAAACACACACUCACACAUUUUUAUUGGCAAUUUAUGUAACACACACUAGGAGAAGCGAACCGAGGAGAAGGAUAGAUGUGACACCAAGAGAGAAGGCACAAGUGAAAAAAUGGAUCUGAUGUGAGACGUAUAAAACGCGCGCGCGUGCAAAUUUUCAAACAUCAAAGCCAAGUGUGAUUAGCUUACUAGGAGCUUCAGCAAAACGAAACAAAAGAGAGAGAAAAAAACGGUUGAGAAAAUGUCUAGAGGGAGAGCGAGAUAGAAAAAGAGAGAAAGGGCAACGAUUAAACUAGAAUAAAAUCGCGGAAAGCGGAACAGACGACGCGUGUUGAAAACAGAUAAAACAAAAAAAGCAAAAAAUGAACAAAGCAAAAUAAAAAGAAAUGUGAUUAUUUGUAUAUUUAUCUCGACGAGAAGAAAUACUAAAAAAAAAGAAAGUAGUACGAAUAAGAAUAAAUUAAUUUAUAUUAAAUAUAAGUUAAUGAAAACUAAACAAAAAAAUGAAAGAAAAAACAACCAUAAAAGAGAAAAAGAGGAAAAUCAGAAUAAAAAAUGCAAAACCUUAAAACCAAAA